AUGUCGGUCCGUUCUCCCAAUCCGGUCAUCGCAUCCCCUCGGGUGCUUGAUCUGCUGGACCAUCUUCAUGGCCUUUCAACAUUCCAAGAAGCGCAAAUUACCUCUGAGAGCUAUAGACAAAAAGAUGGAUUUGAUGACCUGAUGAGAGACAAAUUUAUCGCUCUCGAUCAAGAUAAAUGUUGGUUCGUAUAUCAACUGUUGCUUAGCAAUAGAUCUAGGUAUGUCGUAGAGGCAGGAACAUCGUUCGGGGUAUCAACAAUAUACCUUUCUCUAGCUGUAUCGCAAAACUUGAAAUCCCUUGGACUGGAUGCGAGUCAAGGUAAAAUAAUAGCAACGGAAAAUGAAGCAACAAAAGCUAUUCGAGCAAAAGAAUGGUGGAAUCAAGCCGGGAAAGAUGUCGAAGAAUUGAUUGAUUUGAGACAAGGGGAUUUGAGAGAAACUCUGAAGACUCAUUUACCCGAAAAAAUAGAUUUAUUACUUCUUGACAUAUGGUGCCCUCUUGCUCUUCCAACUUUACAACUAGUUCAACCCAAUCUUCAUUCAGGAUCAGUAGUCAUAAUCGAUAAUAUAGUAGGAUCGGCAGAUAGAUAUAAAGAUCUGAUCGAAUAUCUUCGUGAUGGAAAGAACGAUUUUAGGAAUCUCACAAUACCGUAUAAUAAGGGAUUGGGGAUGAGUGUAUAUAUGGGUAAACGAUGA